AUGAACGACGCUUUCGAGAGUCGCCUGAGCGACAUGCGAGCUCGCCUCUCCAACUUAUCUCACACAGUUGAGCAACAGGAGGACGAACAUCAUCAGCGUCGCUCUUUCGGACAUCGGUACUUAAUGGAGAAGAGAACAGCAGACCCUGCAGCAAUACCACCGGUCGCACAGUCGAUAACUUCAUUCUCGACAUCGCCAUCUUCAGCGCGACUCUCAAGGCCAACCACGGCCAACAGCCAACUUCCGCAGCGAAAUGGUGUCAGUGAACGAGAUGUGAAUCAGGUGUACAGCGUUCCAAAGAACAAAGCCCCUCCUGGUCACCACUUCAACACGAACAGUAUGCCGGGCCCCCUCACAUGUACUCGCGCCGCGAAGCCUGUGUCUGGACUCAAUGCAAUGCUCCAGCUCGCACGACGCCACGCCUCCAUUUCCAUGUCUGAAGCCACCACAGCAACAGACAUUGUAUCCUCAACAGAUGCUAAGUUAACCCCGGUGCCAAAUGAUUCGGUCACGAUACCUUCCAAAGCCGUUGAUGUGAAUCCACUACAAGAUACCUGCGAGUCUACGCCCGCACCCCUAACGCCGGGUGGCGCCGCAGGUUUGCACUCGUACCGGUUUCAAGAACGGUUUCCAAGCCCUCGCCAACUCACGCCAUUAUCGGCAGUGAACGCACGGACGCUGGUCCCCCGAGAUGAGGAGGGACGCACUCCAUAUCACUGUCCUCGCGAGGAGCUCCACCUCACGAAUGAAGACGCCAAAGUUGACCACAAUGUAACCUCAAAGGAGGUGGUAUCCUUUGAUGCCUUUCGCGUCGUGCAGGAGAGGUUACGCCAGAAGAUGAAGCAGCUCACAAUGUCCUCACCACAGUCUGGCAUGCCGUUAUCAACCAGAGACGCUCCCGUCGAGUCUGCCAUGAGUGGUAAGGCAACAGCACCCCGCGAAACGACUUCUCGAGGUUUCUCCCCGUCCCUGGCGGUAAGUGAUUUUGAGGAUUCGAGCCCUUCGCCCCGACCGCCUCGGGGUACGCGCUCCGAAACCGCUACACCAAUGCGGUCACCAGACGAGCAUGGCGUUUUGUCGAACGACACUCCCUCACCGCCAUCCACGUCGCUACGCUACCAGCAGGAUCGAAGAGACGCUUCAAUGGAUGUGGAGGUUCUACCGGCGUCUGCAGAGCUCGACACCGAAAACGUGAGCAAGACCCGGCGGCCUACUCAUGGGUUUCUCCAUGAUUUUGUAGCCAAUGACAGAGUCGAGGCGGCGGCAGAGUCCAGCAAAUCACAGUGGCUGCAGGGACGAAUGCCAUCAUCUCAAGCGAGGGUGAUAGAUGGGCCGCGUGACGCCUUCGGUGGCCCGGCUGUUUUUUCCGGGAGGGUCGCACGGGCACCAUCAAGCGGGGCGCACUCGAAGCGAACACCCGUUGAGCAGAGAGGUGGCUCGCGCGAAUACAGACGGCCGCCAGAGAUGGCCAUUGCAGAGCGCUUUAAAGGUGCACGAGGAAGGAGUGAGCGAACGACGACAGGGACUGCUCGCCGUCUCCCCUCAGCACCGCGACACACCAGACCUCGGUACGCGUCGUCUUCGAUGUCUGCGACGCGCUCCUCUGCGUCUCGUGAGGGAAGCGCAUCGACGGCUGGCAGGCCAUAUAGGUCAUCGUCGAAGGCAGCAGUUCGCCAAAAGCCGAUCUCGUUGAACGUAGAGGCCAACAUCCUAUGUGCUGUCACUGGUGCGGAGUUGUUUGCCCUCUUGCGGAUGCGCGGGCUCAUCGAGUCAGAGGGUGACACAGAGGAGUACCGGCUCCCACCUGCCCGCUGCCACCGUUUGUACGUGACGACCGAGGAGCACCGGCAACUGAAGCUGCUUCGGCAGUCCUUACGCUCUCUGGGCGCGGAGGAGCAGCGCCCCGACGUCCCGUCCUAUCAGCGCGUCACGGUCUCUGCGCGCGCAAGGAACGCCGAAUUUGCUCCGCCGCCGCCAGUGUCGCACUACAUGGAGGUCUGA